GUUUUAUCGUUUGUUUUUUAUGUUCGAUAAUUCAAAUGUACGUUUUUCGUUGCAUUGGUAGACUGAUUGUUAUUUUUAAUGUCCUGGCAUUAUGUCAAUCCGAUACAUCACUUAAAAUAGAACAAGUGCUUUCAGAUGUGCUCAAAAAUAUUACAUUAGCUAAUAAGGUUUUACAAAAACUUUUGAAGAAUUAUGAACGUCUUGAAAAAGUCUACCAAUCUGAAAAAAAAUUAAAAAGUGAUACCACUGAAACUGAAGUCGACGAAUCAUUUAAAAAUUUAAUGCCAAGCAUACAAAGCAUUAAACAAAGAGAAAGAUCGUUUAAGCAAAAUACAAGAAAUCCUUACAUAGGUACUGCAAUAAUUUAUGACAGUGAAUCAGUAGAAAAAGCUUCGCAAGAUACUAAUGUAAUAAAGAAAGUAAAUGAAAAUGUAAAAACAAGUAAAAAACACCCUAACUAUGUUAAAGAUAGAAAUGUUGUAACCGAAAAAGUUUUGAAUAACAAGUUUCAAAAUGCAAAAAGUGAAAUAAAUACAAGUUCAGGUGAAAAGAAAAGUAAAUUAUCUAAAGAAAGCUCAUCGGAAGAUAUUGAAUCUGAUGAAGUGGAACAGAUAUUUAUAGAAAUACCAAGUGAAGUAAGCGACGUAGCUUUAAAGUCAUCACAUGAGAGAAUUGUAAAAAGUUAUUCUAAUAAAUCAAUAAAAAACAUGUUGGGCGAAAAGACAAGAUUUAGUAUCCAACGCACGUUUCCGAAUAAAAUCAGAAACAAUGGUAGAAGAAUUAAAAAAGUUGUUUAUUCAGAAUUGUUUUCUCCAAAUGAAAUAAAACAUUCAUUACCUGUAAGACUAAGAAAUUAUAAAAACCAAAGAUUUCUUAAACGCAAAUCUAUGAUAAAGAAUAAUGAAAAAAUAACAGUUCUAAUUUUAACAAACAAUGAAGAAAAACGCGAUAGUUGGAAAGUUAAACCAAAAAAGACAAAAUCAAAUGUGGAAGAAUAUUUACGAAAUAAUAAUUUUCUUAACGAAUCAUUGCGAAGUGAAUACGGGGAUGCAUGCUUACAAAUGCCUAUAAAGAAAUGUAAGAAAGCUCUUCAAAUUGUAAACAAAAAUAUUUGUAAAAGGCGUUUCAAAUGCAAAUCAGAUUUUAAAUCAGACUUUGUACGACAAUCUUCUGUUGGUUGCAAUAAAGAAUUUGCUUAUAGAGAAAUGGAUGGAAAAAUUGUAAAUGAUACUAAUUUAAAUGAAGAAAAUACUGAAAAGUUCAGUCCACCAGAGUUUGGAAGACUAAAAAAGAGUAAGGUUCCUUAGUUUUGUUGUAUUACAUUUUCUAAUAUUAUCACUCACUACAAUUUUGG